UUUACGAUGAACACAGAGGUAAAUAUGGAAGCGACUGGAAGCGCGGACGAAUACGAGCAUAAUAUUCCGAAUGUUAUGUACAUAACGAAUAACAUACCUGGCCCGGGUAUAGAUCUAGAUGACUUUGAAUCAGAAUACUUGCUAGGUUGUUCGUGUAUAGAGAAAUGCUCGGAUGGUUGUUCGUGUACACGUGGUUCUCCAAAUUACCUCAAUGAUCGACUACUCGAUGAGAAACUGGAUGGACCCGUUAUCGAGUGCAAUCCUAAUUGCGCCUGUAGGGAAACUUGUGGAAAUAGAGUGGUACAACGAGGUCCGAUGGGCUGUUUGAUGGUGUCUCGGAUAGAUGGAAAAGGUCUUGGCUUGGUUACCGCUAAAUUCAUUGAAAAAGGGCAAUUCGUUUGCGAGUACGCCGGCGAGGUGAUAAGCAUUGAAGAAGCUAGGCAAAGAGUAGAGGCGAAUAAGAACAGUAUGAAUUACGUUUUGGUGGUUUCUGAACAUGUCGGAGAUCGGAGUAUCGUAACGUGUAUAGACCCAAAAUAUUUUGGUAACAUUGGACGAUACUGUAACCAUAGCUGCGAACCGAAUGCUAGUCUUAUGCCUAUCAGAGUGGAAGCGCUAGUGCCUCGAUUAUGUUUGUUCGCAUCUAAGAAUAUAGCUAUCGGGGAGGAAAUCACUUUCAACUAUGCCGGAGGAGUUCCUAAUUCUGUCCAGGAAAUCAGCAACACACCCUGCCUUUGUGGUUCUAACAAUUGUGUCGGCUAUUUGCCUCAUAAUUUUAUUUAAAGAUAACCGAAAGUAAGAGCCGUUGUUGUAGAAUUAUUUUGUUUGGAUACGUUGUGCGAUUAGGUGCAUCUUCGUUUAUUUAUGUGCAAGAUGCUGAACGAGAACUGCCAUCUAAGAUCACUUGUUUCAUGUUAAUUGUACUAAAAGACCUUUUAAAUGAAUUAGAAAUGAUCAUUCUUGUUGAUAUCAAUCGGAGAUGAGUUGUUUUAAAUAAUAGCUUUUAUUAACUCGCUAUGUAUUAUAUGUAGCAUUUUAAUUUCAAUCGUAGACAUAGAAUGUCCAUGUGCCAAUCGAUUAAAGAAAUUUUUAUUGGUUGGCAGUUUAAAUGGAAUUACAGAUUAAUUUGUUUGCAGUCUGCUUGUUUACAGGUUUAAACUAGUGUUAGCAUUAACUGAUCAAAGGAAACGUGUUUGUUGCACGUUCGUGUCUAUAAUUCAUAGUCCAGAAAUUAGUUUCUCGUUGAAGCGAGAAGAAAUAAAAUGCUUCGAAUAAUGAUGCAAUAUGUUGCUAAACAUAGAGAAGAACAUUCAAGCCACAGUUCUCUAAUGAAUCGAAUUUAACGAAUUGGAGCAAGGUGACAUAGUUAUCCUGUUGAUGAAACGUCAUUGUUUCAACUGCAUCGACUUGUAAUAUUCAAUGUACUACACAUUUGAAAUGUUUUUGUAAUCGAUGUAUUAUGUAAGUUAUGCUUUAUAUAAUGGUACAGUGUACACAUAUUUGUACAAAUAUACAUACAUUACAUACACGCGCGCGCGCACGCACACAGGUAUAAAUAAAUAAAUAAAUAAAGAUGUAAGGUUUGCGCAUAUACAUAUUAUACAGUUCAAUAAUGGUUCUGGCGGGUACUGUUCAAUGCAAAGUGUUUUCUAAUGUAUUUAAUAUUAUUGUUUACAUUGAAAAAGAAACUGUUAAAAAAAUCCAGAUUUCUCACGAUACUUAGUAACAUAAUGUAAAAGCACGUUGUAUUUUAAUCUUUGAAUUGAAUAAAGUACCGAAAUGUGUAAAAAAAAAA